CUCGCUCUCCGCUCAUUCGCGAUUAAUCCUUUAUGGUGUAAAGAUCUCUUCGCGUGCGCGUCCCGUGUGUUGUUCGCGUUCGCGUUGUUGCCUUUCAGCCCCGUCUGCUUUCGCUUUCGACGUUUUUAUGGUGCGAUUUAGCCGAGUGCGUGGUGGUGGUGGCUGUGUCAAAAAACCUACCAAAAUGUCCUUCGUUGGCUGCUUUGUUGUGCUUUAACUGUGCUCAAGUUCAACGCAAACGAUCCCAACCAGCAACAACAAUAAACUUUAACUUUCCUCACAGCGCGGUAGAGUAUAACCAGCGUGCUUGUCUGCUUGGCAGCAUUUCCAGCCUGUUUUUAGUGAAAUGUUGCAGAGUGCAUUUAAUGUAGUUGCUUGCGUAAUAUUUCGGUGCAUAUUUUACUCGCAAUCUAAAAAAGUGUUAAAAUUUGUGGAUUUAUGUUUCAUCCCUGAACCUGUUGCAUGAUGAAAGUGCAAAACCGAAGUGAAGUGCAUUAAAACAUGAAGUAGUUUAGCAACGAUGCUUUAGCAAUUACGGUCAGUGUCCAACAGUUAUAUGGCGUCAAAUAAUGCUUCAAAACUGUGUUAAAAAGCGCAAAACACCGAGGGUGUAAACAACGGCCGGAAGCAAGCGCAACAAAGAGAGCAGUAACGCGGCCCUUCACCAAAAUCCAACCCAGUGCCCUUGCCCUGCCGCGCCCGUUUGCGUUCAGUGAUAUGUUGAGUGAGUGUUAUGGACAUUCUGACGACAGCCGAACGGGCGCGUAAAAUUCUGCUGCUUUUGCCUUCGCCGCCCCGUGCGUGUGGUGCAGCGCGUGCCGUGUGCUUUCCGUCUGGCGGCGACGCGAAUAUGCACUUUUGUUUGAUGCAGUAGCGGAGCUGCAUCCUCCACUCCCCCCCCCUCUCCGAUCCUGCGCCAACCCCGACAAGUAGGAAGCUGAACGGAAAAGAAAAUGUUGGGUGCACUGAAGCGUCGAUGGAGGACUACGAGAAGAUCCGUGUCAGCUGACAAUCAGUACGAGGCGGAGCGAGAAGGCCUGAGUGAAAUAAUUGCCUCCCCACGGUACCUGGAGUUCCUGAAAAACUAUCGCGAGGAAGCGGCUGCUGCGACGGCCGCGUCCGAUGCGACCCUAUCCGCAUCAUCGCCGCGCUACAUCGAGGUACGGAAGGGACGAAUCGUGCUCGAAUCAUCCCAACAGCAGCCGCCGCCACUCCCGAUCCGGAACGGCGGUGCCGCACUCCUGCCGGACGGUGAAAAGACUGAUCUUCAACACCAGCAGCAGCAGCAGCAGAUACACCAUGGCCGAGAUUCGGUUUUACGAAUCAACCGUGAAAAGGUCGGACCCGCUGGAUGCCCGAUGGUCCCGGCGACCCUGUCGGAAGUUGGGUACGAGCAUGAUGCAUCUACACCGCUGCCGCCGCUGCCCCCAUCGCCACCGUCCUCGCCGACGGCACGCCAAGGAUACAGCCCGAACUCUUCUUCUCCCGUGCACGAGUGUGGGAAACUUGUGCGCAACACUUCCGGUUCGGUUUCGGACUCCUGCAAGAACACGGAAAUGUUGGAAGCUCGCAUUGCAGAACUAGAAGAGGCCUUAUUAAAGCUACAAGAACGAGUAAACCAAAGCCAAUGCAACUCGCCAACAUUGGAAAAGGAGAUAAAGGAGCAUUUAGAAGUUAUGAGCAAAGCGAUGAGGACAAAGGAUCGAAAAUCGAUGCAAGUGUGCCGAGAGCACAAAACACUGCAGGUACGCUUUCAGAAGCAGGAAAACAGCCUGAUGGCGCUGCAGAACGAGAACAAAUCGCUACACCAAAGAGUACGGCAGUACGAAACAUGCCUGGACGACAUCAUGCGCAAGGUGGUGGAUGCGCUGGUGGCCGAGGACAGCCUGCGGGACGAGGUGGCAAUACUGAAGGGCCGGGUGCGGGAUCUGGAGGCACAAAAUGCGGCCCUCGUUACCACGCACGCCAGCCCGGCCAAGAGUCGCGACGAGGGGUACUGCACGAUGAGCUCGGGCCAGCCCCAGCCGCCGACGGAAGGCCACCUGGAGGAGCUGCCGGAGGAGCCGGAACAGUGGCUAAUGUCGGCGGAACCGUGCACCGCGGACAUGGAGGACUGGAGCAUGUCGCAGGAGGAGCUAGUGACGGCGCUGGACGAGGAAAACCACGAGUGGAUCUGGAACUCCAACUUUCUGACGUCGGCAGAAACACAGACUGAAGAAAUAACUGCCCUGCUGCACGACCAGAUUGUAUACUCGGAAGAUGAGGAGGUAACGUGUACGAACUUCACGCGUGACUUUUACCGACUAGUCAGCUUUACGUCCGGCAGUACGCGCAGCUUGCAUUCACCGAUGGCCGCUGGCGGCACGGUCGGCGAGAGCGGAGAUCUGAGCGGGAGCGAGCUGAAGGAAGCAGGCAGCAAGAGCGGCAGCAACACCGCCACGCGCGGGGCUCGCCGAACAGCCAAAGGAGGGGCGCCGUGCGACAGCAGCGAUGAGGAUGAUGCCAACGGCAGCCGAUCCCAAAGUCCAACGCCGAGCGAAGGUGGCCGGGCCCAGGUACUGAGCUGCUCGUCCAGCGAAUCGAGUGAUGCACUAACGGAGAAGCUACAGCUGCCCGCAUCGGCGUCCUCCAUGUCGUGCAGUGCAAGCACCACCAUCGACGAGGAAGAGGAAGUAGUGUUGCGGAGCAAACCGGCACCGAAGAAGGGUGCCCAAUCGUUGCCUGAAUCACCGAAUCGCCGCUACAUGGGCAAGCAGCAGGCCGAUGCUGUAGCAAUCAACCCGCCGCUCUCGCUCAACACGGCCGACCUGCUGCAGGAUGUACUGAUCACGUGCCACAAUCAGCUAAACGGAAAGGCGGCCACGAAACAGGACAGCACGGCAGCUGCUCGGUCCCAAUCGCCCGCAUCGGCUACGUGGCGAAGAAGCACUGGAUGGAGGCGGGUUCAGCGUGGCAACGGUGUCCACGAAACGCACAUCCCCGUCCCGAUCGGAGCGAAGGAUCGGUUAAAAUCGCCUCCGCCGGUGCCGAUCCGCCGAACGUUCGCCAGCUAGCCGAAUGUUCAUCGCAGCCAUUAACAACGGUGUUUCGCUCAUUUACCUAGCAGCUGGGGUCUAACCGUACAACUGGUGCUCGUUGCGCACAAGUCCCAAACAUGCCCAAGACUUAUAAAUAAUGUCGAAUUAAUCAGGUUAUGAAAAGCAAGCGUUUUACAACACAGCGUUGUGCACACUAAUAUACACCAUGGUAGUAGUACUGGUUGGGUUUCGUUUUCGCCAGACAUUGCAAGCAAUAGUGUUACGUCUCGAAACUAUGUGGAGUUAGACAGGACAUUAAGAAAGCACACAUCCUCACAAAUACUUACUAAAAUUAUACAGUUAUACACGAAAACCAUGUAACACCUUUAUAGUUAGAGUGAAGGCAGAAGCAAACACUAACAGGGCAUACUAACCGCUUAACGUAGCAGUCGCGUUAAGGGCUACGUUAAAUGAUCCCUCACAAACAAAAAACGUCGUUGAAGCAAGUAGAAGAAAGCAGAGGAACGAAAAAAAAGAACUCUAGAUUGUAAGAUACAGGGUUUUCCAUUCCAAUUAACAACUGUCCACAGUCUACUAGCAAUCCUCGAUUUGAAAAACACAAUUGUCUACCACUUACAAACAAGUCAAGCCGUUUUUGGUACACUGUCCAUUUCAAUUUCACAAUUGUCGUCUUCAAAAACACACGUCAGAUGCGGCACGGUUUGUUUUGGGUUUGGCUGGAACGUGUAUCACUUGUAGUUAGGACAGCUGGGCAACAUGGACAUAUUAGGCAUUUUAUGUAUACUUUAAUCUUUCAAUACAAUGCAGGAAUUAUUACAUUUAUCAAUGCUUUUACUGGCAGCCAAUGAUAAAAAAAUUACAACGUCCCAAAAUAACCUAAAAACUGUAACGAUCCAAGAAUAACUAAAACCAAAUGAUAAAACUGCUUAAAAUGUCCAAAUUGCUCAGCUUUCCCAUAUUCUGAUAUUCAAUCAAGACCUGUUUACAACAUGGUUCAAUUCUUACAGACAAGUGAUACACGUUCCAGCCAAAACCGUGCCGCAUCUGUCGUGUGUUUUCGAAGACGACAAUUGUGAAAUUGAAAUGGACAGUGUACCAAAAACGGCUUGACUUGUGUGUAAGUGGUAGACAAUUGUGUUUUUCAAAUCGAAGAUUGCUAGUAGACUGUGGACAGUUGUUAAUUGGAAUGGAAAACCCUGUAACAACAUUUGUGAUAAUACGUUUAAAAACAUACAACAACUCAAAACAAAGAGAAGAAGCAAAUGUGGCGCGCAACCUUCGCGAUGCAAGCGCUGCGCCAAAAUCGUACUGAUAAAUGACGGCAAAGACACACUCACUAGAUACGCCUCAUACAUAAACUGCCACCAGACAAGGUCGUCUAAACCUCAUCCACACAGAAGCCGGCGUGUGCAGUGAACUAUAUUCUCUAUAUUGAUAAUAGGCGGAGCAGGGUAGCGCUUGGGUGGGUUUGAAACUGUUGGACAAUAAGAAUUUUUGCAGCAUUUCUCUCGCGGCAUGAGGGUUUGGCGUGAGGAUGGAGACACACUCAGUAAAUACUUUCCCCCAGCGGAACCGAAAUCAACUAAAAAGAGGUUGUGAGCGAAUGGAAGGAAUGCCACAAAAGAGUACGGAAUCUAUACAUUUUUACUUUGUUGUUCGAAUGCGUGCGGAUGAUCAGAACUCAGAACUAUUUCUUAUACGCGAUAAUCGUAGUCGAUCGACCGGUGAUUGGUAUACUACAUGUUGCAAAAGCGAUGCAGAAGAAUGCAAUCCUUCGGUCUGGAGAUGAUAAUAAUAGCAAAGAGCACGCUAAACGAAUGCUAGCUACCCUUUUUUGUAAGCAUUACUGGUCUGAGUUGAAUUGGUAAUAUUUUACAGAUAAGUAAAAGGCAACGUUUGCUACUUCAACAGUUCUUUCACAAUGAUUUACACAACUUAUUGCCGCUUUCUAAAUUAAACAUCUUAUGUGGUGAGCUUAUUGCUAAAAAGAUGCUUUACACGCUACUUGCUUUGAUGAACAUAUCAGUUCAUGUUGUUGAAUAUUUUUAAUGCUGAUCAAUGUGAUCGACCAAACGAUGCGUUUCCUUUGCUCACGCAUGUUGCUUACUGUUGUUUUGUUUUCUUCUUUUUUUUUGCGAAACGAUAAGAAUUUAAACGUACAUCUUUUUUUGCAAAUCACAACCCUCACUAAUACUCCCGUUUUGGAGUUGCUGAACAACAUUAUCGAUUGUUGUUGAAAGACAACAGGAUCGCUUCGUAUAGUGUUACUUGUGAGUGUUUUACGUGAACCGUAUGUAAUAUCAGCCAACUUCGCAUGUCUGUAGCAUUUCUACCGUCUUCUCGCUUCAUAUCUUACCGUUGUCUAUACAUAAUAGUUGCGAUGAGUUUUAUUGCACGAAUUUGCUUAGUCGCAAAACAGCGUAGGAAAACAGUACUUCUAUUACUGUGAGUGCAGGGAACGGAUUGCCACACGAAACGCAACGGGAUGGAAAGUAGGAUGAACACAGAUGAAAACAACACGAAAGGUACAAAAUGGAAUGAGCUCUGGUAUGUGUGUUGGGUGUUGCAAUUACUAUAGACAACAACGUAACUAGAAGAUAUGAUAGAGAGGUAUUGGGUCCGUUACGGAAGAGUGUAGCCAUGUUAAAGCAGAUUAGAAAUCAACCAAAAUCAAACAAUUCUCUUUACCAUUUACUCUACAAACUGCAUUUCCGUUAACAGAGCGUAUCGUCCUUACACUUGUUCUCAGUAGUCACUAUCCAAUUCGUAUUCACUCCGUACUGUGGUCCCUGCCUGUGGGUCUAAAUAUUUUACUGUGUUACCUAGGGCAUAACCAAUAACAUUGCAUGUGUCGUUGUGUAGAAGAGUGUCGUUCAGAAUAAAAACAAGUUUGGUACGUGAACAUCCUAGAUAGAGUGACGGGGGGGUAGAUUACACGUAAGGUACUCGCGAUGAUUCGCUAGGCGGACCCAGCAUUAUACACACACACAGCUAGUAGCAUUACUGUUUGUUUUGUGACCGUGGUAAAGUGUUCGAAAUAUCAUCAAUCACUCAUGCACACAUCAUAACGGAGGUGGAGAGUAGCGUUAUUUUCUUCUUCUUGUCAGCGGGUUGUACAUGUACUAUAAUUUCUCCUUGUAUACAUACUAAACGUUGAAAACCGUACUGAGACGACGCAAUGCAUUAUACACUAUUUACUUUUGUAAUAGGUUCAUAUAUAUAUAUAUACACAUAUAAGUAUCUGCUAGAGGGACUUUUACUAUUUAUAUCGAACUUCAUAAUACGCCGCACUACGAGUAGGGUGUGGAAUAUAACAUGUCCGGGUACGUUGGUAGAACGUGCAGACAUUUGUAGAACGUGAGCGUGUCUGUCACAGAUACACUGUGGACACAUAGAAUGGCCUUCGCCGACCGAAGACAGAGUAGAGUUUGUGAAAACGAUUCAAAAUAGUAAUAUUAAAACUUUUUCAAACUAAUCAAUCAA